CGGCGCGGCUCGGCGCGACCCGAGCCGGCAGCAUGUCGGGGCCGAGCGCCGUGUCGGACCCCCAGCACCCGGCGCGGCUGCUGCGGGCCCUCAGCUCCUUCCGCGAGGAGAGCCGCUUCUGCGACGCGCACCUGGUGCUGGAGGGGGAGGAGAUCCCGGUGCAGAAGAACAUCCUGGCGGCCGCUAGCCCCUACAUCAGAACAAAACUGAAUUAUAAUCCUCCAAAAGACGAUGGCUCAACAUACAAGAUUGAACUUGAAGGGAUAUCUGUUGAUAUCAUGAAAGAGAUCCUAGAUUACAUCUUCAGUGGACAGAUCAGGCUAAAUGAAGAAACUAUCCAAGAUGUGGUACAAGCAGCUGAUCUCCUGCUGCUUACAGACUUAAAAACUCUCUGCUGUGAGUUUUUAGAAGGUUGCAUAGCUGCUGAGAACUGUAUUGGUAUUCGGGACUUUGCACUGCACUAUUGUUUGCAUCAUGUUCACUACCUUGCCUCAGAGUAUCUGGAAACUCACUUUCGAGAUGUCAGCAGCACAGAGGAAUUCUUGGAACUGACUCCUCAAAAACUGAAAGAAGUGCUGUCCAUGGAAAAGCUCAAUGUUGGAAAUGAAAGAUACGUCUUCGAAGCGGUCAUUAGGUGGAUUUCUCAUGAUUCAGAGUCGAGAAAGGUUCACAUGAAGGAUGUCAUGUCGGCAGUGUGGGUGUCGGGCUUAGACGCCGCAUACUUACGUGAGCAGAUGAUGAGCGAACCGCUGGUACGGGAGAUUGUCAAAGAAUGCAACAAUAUUCCCCUCACACCACCCCAGCAGGGAGAGGCAAUGCUGGCCUCCUUCAAGCCCCGGGGCUACUCAGAGUGUAUAGUGACUGUUGGUGGUGAAGAACGAGUAUCACGGAAACCAACCUCAGUGAUGCGGUGUAUGUGUCCUCUUUAUGAUCCCAAUAGACAGCUCUGGAUUGAACUUGCUCCUAUGAGUAUUCCAAGGAUCAAUCAUGGAGUAUUGUCAGCAGAAGGAUUUUUAUUUGUGCUUGGUGGUCAAGACGAAAACAAGGGAACGCUAAACUCUGGAGAGAAAUAUGAUCCAGAUACCAAUUCAUGGAGUUCCUUACCACCAAUGAAUGAGGCACGACACAACUUUGGUGUGGUAGAGAUUGAUGGAAUCCUGUAUAUUCUGGGAGGUGAGGAUGGUGAAAGGGAGCUCAUCUCUAUGGAGAGCUAUGACAUUUAUAGUCGGACCUGGACCAAGCAGCCUGACUUGACCAUGGUUAGAAAGAUUGGCUGCUAUGCAGCUAUGAAGAAGAAAAUCUAUGCAAUGGGAGGAGGCUCCUAUGGAAAACUCUUUGAGUCUGUUGAGUGUUAUGACCCAAGGACUCAGCAGUGGACAGCAAUCUGUCCUCUGAAAGAGAGACGAUUUGGGGCAGUGGCCUGUGGAGUUGCCUCUGAGCUUUAUGUGUUUGGUGGGGUGAGGAGUCGGGAUGACAGUCAAGCCAGUGAGAUGGUGACGUGCAAAUCUGAAUUUUAUCAUGAUGAGUUUAAGAGGUGGAUUUAUCUAAAUGACCAGAACCUAUGUAUCCCAACUAGUUCUUCCUUUGUGUAUGGAGCUGUGCCCAUUGGAGCUAGUAUAUAUGUGAUUGGAGAUCUCGAUACAGGUACAAACUAUGACUAUGUUAGAGAAUUUAAGAGAAGCACGGGGACCUGGCAGCGCACUAAACCUCUCUUCCCCUCGGACCUGCGCCGCACCGGCUGCGCGGCUCUGCGGAUCGCAAACUGCAAACUCUUCCGGCUGCAGCUUCAGCAAGGACUGUUCCGCAUCCGCGUCCCUUCGCCCUGAUCCCGAGCUGGCAGUGGAGGAGACUGGAAGAGUUCUGCUCAGUCCACCUUAAUAUAGCUCUAUAUAAAGGAAAAGCUGAGAAAUUACAGCUGAAACUUACACUGUAUGCUGUGCUUUGGUAUGGUAACUGUUUUUGUUUUAAAUGCUUAAAAAAGCUUGAGUCUCAGUUCUUGUUUCGGGAACAAAUAACUUAAGUAUACCUUAUAAAGAAAGAGAGGGGGCAAAAUAAAAGGGGGGAUCGAGGAAACACCUUCAGUCGUAACCAUUGGAGUUUAAACCGUGUUGUUGGAGGAGUUGUUUUGUGUCUGGAAUUGGUAUUCCUUUGAUGAAGCUUACUGAAAAGCAACAAAAAAAAAAGAAACAAAAGUAAUUAAGUUGUGUUUCCCCCGAGGGGAACUGCUGAGAAUAAAAAGUGCUGUCCUGGAGCGGAUAGCUGUAACACACAGAAGCUAUAUGAUAACCAACCUCCCUGGUAUACUGCAAAGGCUAUUGCUUGGCCGUCGUGCCGUAGGAGAUGUUGGUGGUUGCACCUUUUAUUUCUUCUAGUCCUUCCUCAAAAGUUAAGGUCUGUGCCUAAAAAAAAUAUUGGUGGAGGUGUGUACAUAGGAUUUUAUUUUUUGUUCAUUUGCAAGGUUUUCAUUCCUACAGAUAUUUUUAAUAUAUUUGAAAUGGACUGAUCUGAAAUAGUAUACUACAGAGAAGUGAACUGUUAUUUCUACUCAGAAUAGCCUGGUGUAGAGGCUGGGGUGGGGGCAUGCGUUUCAGGUGGGCUUGGGUGGCCCUCUCCUUGGAGUCAAAAUAGGAGCGGCGUUUGAAAUGGGUCGUGGUGGUCACCGCGUUGGGUAAGAGACAACAGAGCUUGAUCAAGUCAAGAAAAUAGGUGGUGUUCCUCUUAAACUAAGAAUGGUUUCUAAGACUGAGGGUUUUAGGGAGGUGUGUUUUGUCUCUGCUAGAAUAAAGGUGAAACAUAAGAAAGCUGUAUUUAUUUUGCAGAGAACAGGGGUUUGGGGCUAAGAGUUAAGAAAAAGUUGUAUGGUGACUUUAAAUCAGCAUCAGAAGUUGGUUUACUAAAUGAUUUCCAUGCUAAGGUUCGGUCUUGUUUACUGCUGUCUGACUUGGAGAGCUAGGUUUGAUGGUGUGGUGAGAGUGGAUAAUUUAGUAGCUUGCAUUUUGUUUCUGACCAAGUCUUGUUCAUGUCGAUAGCGAUAUUUAAUUGACUUCCGUUUGUAGUCAGGCUCAGCUGGUAGAAGACUUUUACCUCCAUUCUUUGAUUUAGUUACUGUUGUGAUGGGUGGGACAUAAUCUGUAUUUAUUUAAAAGGCAUAAAAUGAGAGAGGUGGAAAUAGAAAUAAGACCUCCUGCCCCUCAGAAAAAGAGAGUUUGUAUAACCAGUAUUAUAACUACAAACAAGAACUUUCCCCUCUGCAACUUUGUGGACCUCAAACAAGCCAAUCUCUGCCCUUGGUUCUGUUAGUGUAAACCUUUGGCAUCUUUGUUGAGUCAUCUUAGACGUGCUGAAAUGCAAUCCCAAACUGGUACAAGAUAGUCAUAUUUCACUAAAUAUUCUUUGAAGAGCCAUUCUGAAGCUGACUCCUGCUCAGUCCUUCCAUAGCACUGAUGUGUGGUUGGAAUUUCUCUGAGCAAAGGAGAGAGCUGUGGGGUGGAAAGAGGGCAGCAGCCAACCACUGACCUUUAUUUAUUUGCAUUUGUUUUAUACAGUGCUGAAGUGGUGCAAAACUUGAACUAUAGACAUCAAAUUUCUGACCUAUAUUAGUUGGCAUAUAGAAAAACUUUAUAUAUUUAUGCAGUGCAGUAAACUCAGUGUCUGUAUGUGUGUGUAUAUAUAUAUAUAUGUCUUUAGAUUUUAAAUUUAUAUAUACUGCUUUACUACAGAAAUGUGAACCACUCUUUCCCAUCCUUGGCUGUCUUGUGAAAUAAAUCAAGUGCUGUUAGUUUAUCUUGUAAAA